CCCGCAAAGACCCCUCCGCUAGGGCACCGCAAACCUCGCACUCGCCGAGCCGCUCGUGUGCGUGAGUCACCAGCGCGAGUGCGCCGUUGAGCCUGAGGGAUCCCUUCCCCCGCCGCCGCCGCCGCAGGAGCCAGUGGGCACCGGCACAGCCCGCUGACAGAGGAUCGCAGCCAGCACGGCGGUCUGCAUCUGCGCCCCUAGUGCUCUCCUGCCACAGGUUCAAAAACCUUUCUCGAGCCGAACAACGCCGCCGCCUCUAAGGAUCGCUGCCGGCGCCGGGAAGCCAUCCAGGACAGGAUGGGAUACAAUCGCCACAGGCGGGGCCGCGGAUCCUCCUCGUCGUCUUCACGCCGCACCAAGCAAGAAGCCUCGUGGGAUGACAGUCCUGGGACAUCACUUCCAAGGCAGGAAGAAGAAACCGAAGAAGAAUUUAAAGGUUCAAGAAUCCAGAUUGCAAUGUGGGACUUUGGGCAAUGUGAUGUUAAAAGGUGCACUGGUCGUAAGCUUUCAAGAUUUGGGCUUUUAAAGGAGUUGCGAGUGACCAAUGGCUUUGGUGGUGUUGUUCUCAGCCCUGUUGGGACACAAUGUGUAUCUAAGGCAGAUCAUCCUAUUGUGCAAAGAAAGGGAUUGGCUGUGGUUGAUUGUUCCUGGGCACGUUUAAGUGAUGUCCCUUUUGUGAAACUCCGCUGUGGCGCUCCUCGUCUAUUGCCAUGGUUGGUUGCAGCAAACCCUGUGAACUAUGGCCGCCCAUGUGAACUGUCUUGUGUGGAAGCUUUGUCAGCUGCCCUCAUAAUAUGUGGGGAGAAAGAUACAGCACAUCUGCUGCUGGGGAAAUUCAAGUGGGGUCACUCGUUCUUGUCUCUAAACAGAGACCUCCUGAAAGCAUACGCCCAAUGUGAAAAUGGCUCUGAGAUAAUCAAUGUGCAGAACUCCUGGUUAUCAAGUAGCUCAAGUGUUCCAAAGCCACCUGUAAUUGAGGCUGAAAAAUCACGCCAAAGCACUGAAGAAGGAUCUGAAGGUGAUUCUGACAGCGAUUUGCCACCUCUCGAGGAGAACUUGAACCACCUGAACCUCAACCAAGAUGAAGAAAGCGAGGAAGAAAGUGAAAGUGAAUAAAAGGAAGUGCCAAAAUGGUAGGAUCUUGGAAACUGUUUUACAAUAAUUGAGCGAAGUGAAUUGUAAGCGCCUGCUAUGUAGGAUCUUUUUGUUGUCUAAUCAGAAUAAAUUUCAGUCGUCUUUACGUCUUUGAUCGUGGAUUCAUGGUUCGAAAAGAAUCCUUGUACUCAUGUGGUGAAUACCUGUGUAGCACAAGCUAUGAAAAGAAAAGGUGAAUUUAACUAAGAAUUGUAUCA